GGGGACGAGGUUAUGUGAACAAGGAAGGCGGAAGAUAAGGAGAGGCAGAGCGUAUAUAGCUAAACGAAGCGGUCCUUCUCUUUCCUCAAAUUCCCGAAAACCGUCUCCUCAAUACCACUCCCGGUUUUCUCUAAAUACCGCUUUUCUCGCUUCUCACUCUUUUAAAGUCUCCCUCUCUUCUCUUCACCUCUCUCUCUCCCUUUUCCAUUCUAUUCGGAACUUCGAUUUCAGGCGGAACCCUAGAAUCUCUCCUCUCGUUUUCCCGCGAUCUUCUCCAAUUCGCCGUGUUCUGGCCGGAUCAUUGGCGGAUUUCGGCGGCUCUUCCCGUCUAGAUCGCCGGGAAACUUGUCCGAAGGUGCGUUCUUGGUAGGCGGUUUCGGGGUUUGGGUUUUGCUGCAGCGUGUAAGUGGGCUUAGGGUUUCUUUUGGAGAUGAAAGAGAGCGUCUGCGAGUUGUGUAGUGGAGAAGCUUCUCUCUACUGCUCGUCAGACUCGGCCUUUCUGUGUUGGAACUGUGAUGCCAGGGUUCACGAGGCGAAUUUCUUGGUUGCUCGGCAUGUCCGCCGGACUGUUUGCAUCAAAUGCAAAGGAUUCGACGGGAAACGCGUCUCUGGCGUCGGAUUCCGGCCCGUGCAAUCGGUUUGCCGGUCGUGUUCACCGGAAACGGGCGAUGAGGAUCCUGAGUAUUCAUCUUCGUCGUCAUCUUCGGCUUGUAUCUCCAGCUCUGAGUCCCGCGCUGUUGCACCACCCAAGAAGAUCGAUUUUGAUCGACGGCGGCAGGACAAGAUCGGUUGCUUGAGCUCGGUUACGGAGGUUUCCGGCGACGACUUGUCGUCGAAGAAAACGAUGAAGAAGAGAACGAAGGUACCGAGAUCGAGAGCUCCGGCAAGCCUCGACGUGAAUGCGGAGGGCAUUCUCGUAAAUUGGUGCAGAAAACUGGGGCUGAAGAAUAUCUGCUCCGUCCGUCUCGCUUCGCACGCCUUCGGCAUUUGUCUACGUAAAUUAACCAUAUUACCCUUCCGGGCCUCCCUGGCUGCUUCUCUCUGGUUCUCGCUGAAGCUAUGCGAGGGCAGAUCUGCGUCCACGUGUCAAAAUCUGAAGAGGCUGGAAGAGAUAUCCGGAGUGCCCGCCAAGCUGAUCCUACUCGGCGAGGCGAAGCUCUCUCGGGUGCUGAAGAUCAAGAGGUCUCAGCAGCACGAUCUGGAGGAAGGUUGGGCCGAAUGCUCCGAUUGAUUCGCAGGUGCUAGUCCCACUUUAUCACGUGUCUUUGAUAUGCUUAAUUUAGAGGGUAAGAUUAAGAAGAUAUCAGGAUAUUAUUUAGAUUUUGGAAAAGAAAAAGAAGGAAAAGAAAAUGGCAAAAAUGUCCUCACACAUGACUUUAGGUGUUGUUUGUAAUUAUUUGUUUCUUUUUUUUUUAUUUUUUCUGUUUAAUUUUCACUAACUUUGGUGGCUUGGUUUUGGGGGAGAAAUAUGAUGAGUGAAGUAUGUGCACUGUAGGUGGAUGUGAGUGUUUGGAUGGAAACAAAUACAUUGAAUAUGCUUUUUUCACUCUAA